AAGUGGAUCAUCCUGAAAAAAAAUAUCCCCAAAUCACUUUCCACCGGUCCUCGCUGCCGUCUCGAUCUGCCGUCGAGAAGCCUCCGAGCGCCCCCCGUCUCUGCCGUCGAGGAGCCUCCGCGCGCCCGCCGUUUCUGCCUUCGCAGAGUCUCCGCCCGCCCGCUGUCUCCUCCCUCACAGAGUCACCGCCGAGCAUCUGUCGCCGUCGCAUCUGUGGCACGAGCCGCUCAGCCGCGUGCGCACCGUCGAGCUGCAGGUGUUUCUCUGCUGCAAGCCCUUCAGUCACGAAGAGCUACCAGCGGGAGGGGGCCGUGAAGCUGAUCGGCAAGGUCAUGCUCUGUGUGUGUGUGUGUGUGAGAGAGAGAGAGAGCUGCAUCGGUCCAUUCUCCUCUGAAGAGGCCUCAAUAAGUUUUGGGAGUGAAAAACCUGAAAGAACUGAAGUCAUGGUCCGCAUCCAGAUAGUGCUAUACUACAACACAGAUUUCUCAUGGAUCCUCGCCGUUCCUUCCUCUACCACUCUCAAGCCACGUCCCUUUCGGAGAACAACGAGCCGCCAGCAUGCGGUUACAAGUAAAAAUGGUACACCCCUGAUGUCUAAGGAAUCUGCAAAUUUAAAAGCUGGGACAGGUGCCGGCGGCUCACAAUCACAGAUUACGGCUGAGAAGACAAAAAGGAAGACGAAAGUUUCCAAACUUACCACAACUGAAGCCAGUGUUGUCUUGAAGUGAAUGAUGUCAUGACUUGAAUGCGAAUACUUGUCUAGCGUUAGCCAAUUGAAUUUUUUUCGUCAAAUGAAUUCUAUGAAAUUGGUACUACUGAAUAGUGUAAUCAGAUUGUAGUACUAACAACCUGAUUGUUGAGGCCUUUUCGAAAGGAGCCUUGAUUUGAAUUUCAAGGCAAUUUUGUAUUGUGCUUGAAAAUUUAUUUAGUGUCAUUUUUCAGAAGUGCCUAAA